AUGCGGUAUAAUCCCAUGACCCAAACAAAAGUUCUACAACGUGGAUCUGGUUUUAACACAACUGACGCCAACCCGGUCACCUUCAUUGCGUCUUUCGAAUCAGUGCUUCGUCAAACCGGCGUCACAGACGAGGUAAAGGACCUUCUUCGACAUCAAGUCUCUUCACUUUUCAUGUCGCACCGGAAAACCCAUUCCCUGCUAAGAGAUGAACAAAAGGCCCUAAGGGAGCUGAAAGCGGACACCGAAAUAGUUAUUCUGCCUGCUGACAAAGGCCGGUCAACCGUCAUCCUCGACAAGGUGGACUACCGACACAAAGCCCUCCUGCUCCUCAAGGAUCGAGAGACCUACAAAGUCAGCGACACCGCCGGUCAAAAGUCCCUAGUGGCAAAGGUUAACAGAAUUCUGGCUCGACUAAGAAUGGACAAGGUCAUCACCGCCAAAGACUGGUAUAUGGCAAAGCCCACAGAAACCGCUAUGGUGAGAUUCUAUGGUCUCCCAAAAGUUCACAAGCCAGAUGUUCCCCUCCGUCCUAUCGUCUCACUCCGAGGCACACCCACAUACGGGCUUGCAAGCUGGCUAUUUCAGAAGCCAAGAUUCCUAACUGCAGGCUCACAAACAACGGUGCACUCAGCAGAACAAUUCCUUGACAAAAUAAGGACAGUCACGAUCGAACCGAAUGAAAGGAUGGUGUCUUUUGACGUCGUCUCACUAUUCACGUCCAUACCACAGGCCCUUGCGGUCGAAACGCUGAGUGACCUGCUACGUCAAAAUUACGACGGGGGCGAUGGCCAGCCUACAGCUCAGGAUCUUAUAGAACUCAUGGUGCACUGCCUCAAGACAUUCUUUACCUUCGAAGGGACCACAUACGAGCAGAUCAAGGGCACUUCAAUGGGUUCACCAAUCUCCGGACUCAUUGCGGAGGCGGUUCUAAAAAAACUCGAGAGACGACUAUUCGAGGAGUACAAACCCAAGUUUUGGGCACGCUACGUUGAUGACACCUUCGUAAUCAUAGACCAGGAUAAAAUCAACUACUAUGCGGAAGUACUGAACUCAACCAUGCCCGAUCUACAGUUCACGAUGGAAGAGGAAGUAGAGGACAAACUUCCAUUCUUGGUGUUCUCGCCUGCCGCCAACCAAAUGGCGAAUUAG